UUCAUUCCCGUAUCUAAGUCAUUGAUAUAUAUUACGAACAGAUGGGGCUCAAAUACUAAUCCUUAUGGUUCCCCCACUGGUCAGGCUAUGGCAGUAUAUUAUCUCCAAACCCAUGUGUUUAAUUUUUCUAACCUAUGGGAACCUUAUUGAAAGCCUUCAGAAAAUCCAAGUACAUUAUGUCCAUUGAUUCCCAUUUAUCACUUCUGUUGAUAACGUCCUCAAAGAAAAUCCCGAGUUAAUCAAACAUGAUUUCCCAUUUGCAAAUCUAUGCUGACUCUGCCCAAUCAGAUCAUUAUUAUCCAAAUGUACAUUUAUCACAGUCUUUAUAAUAAGAUUCUAACAUUUUUCCUCCUGUUGUAAGGCUAACAGGUCUGAAGUUCCCUUAAUUCUCUCUUACUCCCAUUUUAAGUAGUGGGGUGACAUUUGUUGCUUUUACAUCCACCUGAAUCAUUCCAGAAUCUAUAGAAUUUUGGAAGAUAUUCACCAACGCAUCAGCUAUCUCCAUAGCCACUUCCUCUCGCACUCCAGGAUGUAGAACAUAAUGUUCCAGGGACUUAACAACUUUCAACCUUAUUAAUUACUCCAGUACAAUCAUCUUUUUAAUUUCUUCCAACUCUUCCUUCUUUCUAGCCACUUGGAUCUGUAGUUCUGGCAAGUUUAUUGUAUCUUCUAUAGUGAAUACAGACAGCAAGUAAUCAUUUUGCUUCUCAGUCAUUUCUCUAUUCCCCAUUAUAAAUUUUCCUGACUCUGCCUGUAAUAGACCCACAUUUGACUUAGCUAAAUCUUUUUUGUAUCUAUAGAAGAGUUUGCAGUCCAUGUUUUAUGUUUUAUUUGUUAGAUUGAAUUCAUAUCCUAGUCUCUCUUUCCUUAUCAGUUUCUUGUCCACUUUUGCUGUAUUCUUAAAAAUUUACCAAUCUUCAGAUAUGCUACUGUUUCUGGCAAUUCUCCAAUCCUCUGGCACCAUGUGAGUUGAAGGAAGCUUGGAAGAUUAUUGUUAGUGCCUCUGCAAUUUGCACAUCAUUUCCUUGGAUAGUCUUGGGUGCAUUUCAUUCACUCCUGGUACUUUAUCAAUUUUUAUGUGUUGACAGUUUCUCUGAUGGCUGUUCCUUAUCAAUUUUAAACCCUUCUGAGACUGAUGCAAAGUGAUUACUUAAUGGGUCUGCCAUACCUCUUCUGUGCGUAAAUGCCAUUUUUGGUCCCUAAUUAGCCCUGCUGCUCAUUUUAUCACCCUUUAACUAUUGAAGUGCUUCAUAGAAGACUUUAGGGAUUCCCAUUAUGUGAGAUUAUGUCUUUACUCAGAAUCCCUCCUUGCUUCUUUUAUUUUCUUUUUCACAUCCUGUCUGAGCCUUCUGUAUUCAACUUGGUUCUCAACUGUAUUUUCUACCUGACACCAACAUAAACACACUUUUCCAUCCAGGGACCUACGGACUGUUUGUCCCACUUCUUCCUUUUGAGGGAAUAAUCUUAAUUGUGCUCAUUACAUCUCCUUUUUGAAGAUAGCCCAUUGUUCAGCAACUGUUUUUCCAUUAAUCUUCAGUUACAGUCUAUUCAGCACAGCUCUGUUCUUGCUCCAUUAAAGUCAGUUUGUUGUUAUUUUUCACCAUCAUCCUGAACCUUAUGAUAAAAUGAUCACUGUCCCCUAAAUGAUGCACCACUGCCACUUGAUCUAAGUGGCCUGCCUCAUUCCCAAGAGCCAGGUCCAUCAGUGCCUCCUUUCUUGUUGGAUUGAUUACAUCCUGCUGUAGAAAUUCUCCUCAACACAAUCUAGAAAUGUCUGUCCCUCCCUGCACCUUACCAUUAUCUCCAUCUAUAUAAUGGGUAAUUAAAGUUCCCUGUUAUAACUACUGUAUGAUGUUUGCACCUAACUUCGUUUCAGAUUUGUUUCUGUACAUCCUCCCCAAAAAUGUGAUCUUGAACCAUGUGAUUGCACCUCUUUUUAAAAAUUCCCUUAGCUCAACUCAAAUCCAUUCAAUUAUCCUUGAACUUUGUGGGACACCCUUAUGUUGUACGCCAUGAGACGUCCCUACAGGUGGUUAAAAUAACAGAAGCUUUGUGGCUGGGAUAGGGUAGUUGGAUUCCUACCCAUGGUCUGACUUGGACGUGUCUAUCACUCUAGACCAGAAAAUCCGAGUUCAAAUCAUAGCUCAGAGCUCUGGGCAUGUUGGUUAGGAAAAUUAUCACAUUUGGUAUUCCGUUUUAUUUAAAACUGACAGUUGUAUUUGGAAGGCUGUAACUGGGUUGAAAACGGGUUAAUGUUUGGGCUGAAAGAGUGGGGACAGUGGCGCUUGUACACAGUAUGACGAGCACCAGGUUAUUGCAAUUCAUUUUCUCAAUCCGCCUCCCCCUGGCCAGCCUCCUUCUGAAUUCAAAUAUCCCACCUUCCCACUUCGGUUGCAGAUGGUGAGUGAGUAUGUAGCUCACAGCUGAGCUCCCCCGACAUCGCCUGAGGUUCAGUUCAGUUCCCCGACCCCGCCUCACGGUAGCAGGGAUAUGAGCUUGUACCAGCGAAACUAAAGGGAGAGACGUCAGUGUUUUCUCCGCCACACGCUGAAGCGAAAAUGGGAAGUUGCGGCUUCGGGGAGGCUGAGCGACUGAAGAAACCGAGCAGUUUGGAGGCAGUGCGUUUGGCUCGGGGCUGGUGCGGUCACCUAUCCCAGGGAUGGGCUUCGCCUGGAGGGGCCAACGAACUGCACAGGAACCGGAGCCUGGCCCAGAACAGCAAGGAAAAGAGGCGAGAGAAAACCGAGCGGCUGAGCCAGAGGCAGCGCCCGAAACCCUGCCCCAGCAGCAGUAGCGGCGCCAGCAGCGCCGCCACGAACCUGUAUGUACCCCGAGCUGCCAGGACCUUCUCGGCUGAAGAGGCGCGGGUUGCCAUUCGGCCCGUCCUAGAGGCCAGGCUGAAAGAUGCCAAGUACGAUCCGCACGGCUCGGCUCUGGCAGCAGUGGAGCUGGCUGAGUGUGUGAAGAAGGCGGUGAAAGCCCUGGGCUACGAGAGGUACAAGAUCGUCUGCUACGUGGUCCUCGGGGCGACCACAGCUUCGGGUCUGUGCUGUUCCAGCAGAGCAGUGUGGAGUCCCACCGUGGACACGUAUGCAGAAGUCUGCUUCCAGAACGACUCGCUGUUCGCUCUCUGCCUGGUAUUCGCUGUGUAUCACGAAUAAUAAAUAACAUGCAAAGCUGCUACACGGGAUCGCCACCUUGAGCAUUGGCAGAGCCGCUCUUCACCGUGAACACAGACUCCCCCGGUAAGGAAAUAGAAUCCGAGAGGGCAACCUCAGCAUCCGAAACAAACUGCAGUAAACUUACCGAUCAGAAAGGAACUUUUUGCUUUUUCUUGCGGAUAUCCAACAUCGGAAGUAAUUUUAUUUUUUUAAAAAAUACUUUCUCAACGUCUGUUUACUUUGUUAUAAACUACCGACUGGUUUGAAAUGUAACCGCAGAGAAUGUGUGAUCACAUUUCGGCGUCUCUUCAACUUGAAGGCGCUCUCGUCUUUCACCCUAAAUCGGGUUUGCUCUCACAGGAGAGUUGUUUUGUUUCCAAAAACCAACACUUUUGCAUUUUGGAAUCCAAACCAGCAAGACUUUCUGUUUGUGUCCUUUAAAGCAGAUAAUGUUGUUACAUUUUACUUGUACUAAAUCGGUUGCUGUUAAAAUAUCCAUCUUUUCUGUAGAUUUCUGUCUCAUGUUCCAUUCGUUCUCCCAUUUUGUAUAUUAGCUGCAUUUGACACAGAGGAGCUCCCGAUGUAUCUAUAGGCUCUGCUAUUUGCUAACGUUAGUUAUUUAAUUUUGUUUACCGAUAUUUUAACUGAAGUUACCGAGGCUUGUAAAUGAGGAAAAUGUUGGGUCUUAAAGGGAAAUUGUAAUGUUUUAAAGUGAGUUUUUUCAAAUUUAAAGGAAAUCGAUUCAUGAUUGUAUCGUUCUUACAGAGUUUCUAAAAUAAAGUGCGGUAAAACCGA